AUUCUGUUAAGAUAUCACCAAAAGUUACGAAAGAACUAUAUUUUCAUCUAACAUAUAAACUUUGUAAACACAUUAAUCAUUUAACAUUAUAAAGAAAGUGAUAAGUUUAAGGCAUUUCAUAUUGCAUGAGGUUAAGUGUUACUACUGAAUUAUCAUGUUUCAAGAUCAGAGUUUCUUGGAAAGUUCUAUACAAAUCGAUAAAAACCUACAUUACAAUAUGCAUCACUCAAUGAAUCAAUCAAUGUAUAAUGCAAAUUAUAAUAUAAAUGUACAGCAAAAUUAUGUUUAUCCAAUUGGUAGUAUUACUGAUAAUGGUAGCAAGAAUACUAUACCAACAAUUACAGUAGAAACACGACAAAUUGAUGAAAAAAGUAUUGAAGCAUUUCUUUUAGAAAUUGAUCAAUCUAAUAUUGUAACUAACCAGAGAAACGUAUGUAGAAAAUCUAAAAUUGCAGCUGCUAAAGACGCCAUCACAUCAGCACAUAAAUUAAAUGAGAAAUUGAAAACAAUUUGUGCAGAGCUGAAAAAUAAUCAAAAUUUUACAGAUGAAGAAUGGCAACAGAAAAUGUGCAUUUGCAAUACAGCAAAAAAUGAAAUUGUUAAAUUAUUAGAGCCUAUUAAAGAUCCAAAGUUUUUAAAUCAAUUGAAGAAAGAUUUAGAAAGACGAACUAAAAAGAGAUUAAGAGAAAAGAUUAAACGAGAGAAAUGGAAAAAUGAAAAAUUAAUGAAAAUGGAAAGGAGAGCAAGAAUGCAUGCUCAGAUCGAUUCAUGGAUUAGAAAGGAACAAGCUGUAAUAGAAAAAGAAAAGCAAGAAGAAAAUUUACGUAAAGAUGCAGAUAUGAUUUUAUUUGAUGUUAGAGGAAAGCGAAGCGAUGCUAGGAAAUAUCUUGUAUUGUUGCAAGAAUUACGAAAUCUACAUAAUAUUAAGGCCAAUAUUGCCAUAGCAAGAGGUGAACAUUUAUCCUCAGCAGCCAACGAAGCAUUUAAUAAUAUCAUAGUAAAAUUAACAGAACAAUGGUCUACUCUGGAUCGUGAGUAUUCUAUAGAGGAACAAGGUUUGAAACUAAUGUUAAAAACUGAUAAUGAAAAAAGAAUUGAAAAACAAAAGAAAAGUCUUUUUGAUGAUUGGGAAAAUGUAUUGUUUGGAAAAAAGAUAUCAAUGUCCGAUCAAUAUAAUGUAGACUUAACGAGUUUUAUUACUAUACGGACUGCUUGGGAUAAGUAUAUAAGUUCAGAUAGUGAUGCAUCAGCAAUUCCAAUUGGAUGGAUAAUGCCUGAUAAACCAUCUUCUGCUAUGUGGCAAAAAUGUCUCAGAAAAGAGAUUCCAUGAAAUAAACUAAUAUGAUUAUAAAUUCUAGUUCAUAGAAACUAAGUUUACUAUAAAGGCUAGUAAUUUAUACUUUAUUAAUAUAAACAACAUGUAAUGUAAUUUUAGAAAUGUGGAUAAUUUCUCUGGUUUACUAUACUUUAAACAUUUAUAUUAACCCUUAUUUCUUUUGUAAUUCAAAUAAUUUUUUAGUAAAUGAAAGCAUCUGAUGUAUGUUUAAUUUUAUUACAAUAUAUAUGAAAAGUA